AUGGGUACUCAUCUUGAAGCAGCCAAAACACCAAUGGAUGGGCAAAUAAAUGCACACCAGCACGUUGAGGACGUUUCAUUGGAUUUUGUCGAUCCUCAUCGUGCUGCCCUUGAAAGCAACCCGGAACACUCUGAGAUUCCCUCUCUGUCGACACUGCUGGCUGUGGUGUCUCUGGCACUCGCCUACAUCUGCCCGAUUUCGUGCGGCUUUAGCCUCGCAACUGGCAUCCUCAUUUCCAUUGGGACGGCCCUGGGAGAUACCACAAAUAUCACAUGGCUAGUCGGAGGAUGGUCAAUCGCCUCGUCAGUCUCCUUUUCCAUGGCGGGCGGCUUGAGUGAUGUGUUCGGAAGACGUUGGACCAUCAUAUCUGGCCAAAUCUUCUGUAUCAUCGGUUCGAUUGUUGCUGCCACUGCGAAGAAUGUCAGCACGAUUAUCGUUGCCUCCACCUUUCUGGGGUUCGGUUGUGGCAUCAUCUUCGUGAGCUACGCUGGUAUCUCAGAGUUGCUCCCAAAUAAAUGGCGCGCCACCGGGCUUGCGCUGACAGAGUUGGCCAUCAAUGUUCCCUUCAACAUUGCCAAUGUCAUCAUUGCCACCGAACUCAAUCUGCACACUGCUCUUGCGUGGAGAUGGUGCUACUGGAUAGGCUUGAUGUUCGCUGUCGUGAGUACGGCGGGGACUUUGUUGUUCUACUUUCCCCCGUCCAGACCACAAUUCGAUCACGAGAAAACUCGCUGGGAGGAAGUCAAGCAAUUGGACGUGAUAGGUAUUGUCCUUUACACUGCAGGACUGACGACGUUCCUCAUUGGAUUGACUUGGGCUGGUCAAACGAAUCAUCCUUGGCGCAGUGUUUCGGUGAUUGCCCCCAUCGUCAUCGGUUUCUGUGUAUUGGCAGCAUGUUUCGCGUACGACUUCACCCUUGCGAAACGGCCUUUAUUCCCUCUGGAGGUCUUCAGGAAGGUGAGAGACUUUACCGUUCUGCUCGGAAUCGUCUUUGUUGCUGGCAAGUGCCGUAUGAUAUACUUUUCCAUGUCAGCGCUGCUCCCGCAAGGAUCGCUGUACAUCUUCACCAGCGAUCCUAUUCAGAUCGGCCUCAUCGCCUUGCCCAAUGGGAUUGUUCAGUUUAUAUUUGGCGCAGUUGCCACCAGCUUCAUGGGUAAGAUCAAGCAUUUGAAGGUCCAGAUCCUGGUCGGACUGGGGAUCCAGGCGAUUUUCACCGCCUGCCUGGCCGCCAUCAUUCCACAGAACAAGAUAGCCUGGUCUGCCCUUCAAGCUUUUGCGGUAGGACCAUUCGCGCUGGUCGUCCUAGCAUGUUAUGUCAUUGCAGGACUGAACGUACCUUUGCGAUAUCUCGGGUUGGCAUCUGGCUUGAUUGGUACUUUUCGAAGCAUGGGAGGCAGUGUCGGCAAUGCCAUCUUCAAUGCUGUUUUGCAAGGAGUGACAAGUAAGGACCUUGGGCCUGCCAUUGCAUCAGCUGCAAUCGGCCAGGGGUUCAACGCGACCGAGCUAGGCUUGCUCAUUCCAGCUACAGUCGAGGCUGUGGUCGGGGUCCCGGAUGCAUUCGCAGGAGUUCCUGGCGCCACACAAGCCGUUCAGACUGCCGCUAUCCUGGCAUUCAGGCAGGUCUACGCACGUGCUUUCCGGAUGGUCUUCUUCAGCACCAUUCCAUUUGGUGUCAUGGCCAUUAUACUUGCAUGCUUCAUCCGAGAUCCGUCCAUUUAUCUCACCAACCACACUGCAAUCCACAUGGAAAGGGAUGGAGUCUUCAACAAGGGCGCCGUGCAGGGUCAUCAUGAUGGGCACAUGUUGGGGAAGGCGGAGGCGGAUGCAGACAACAAAGUUGUUCAUGCAGGGAAGUCAUGA